UUUAUUCCACUCCCACUGCUUUCUGAAAGGGUUGAUCAACAACUGCCUCAUCAGCAAGCAUUCUUUUGACCUGCCAUCUCCUGCCGGGGAUCCAUCCCUAGCCUCCUUGGCUCAGCGGGUCAACGCCCCUUCCACCACGCUACUCUGAGAUAAGGGAUAGCAUCAGAAAUCUUGGAUACACUAAGCGUCCUUCCAAAAGUUCUAUGGAAAUUGGGUCUCCAUUUCUUGUCACACAUAACUUUAAGGUCUCCAAGCAAAAAGAUGGCACUUAUGAGGGAUUACCAGAGGGAUGGGCUGAAAAACUAAACGCCAUGAUCCAAGAAGAUUUAAGUAAUGGUGAUACAAAAGCAGUUGAAGCAGGAAAUCAAGUUAUGGAGUUCUUUAAAAACUUCAGCAGAGAUUUUCUGGAAAGGUCUCAAGAGUUUCUAUCUGAACACAAAUCAAAGAUGCAACAUCCAUUUUUAAAGAAUAAUAUGAAGGAUUUGAACAUCAAUGAAGGAGGAUUUCUGACUCUGGAUGAUGAAAGAUAUGAAAAGAGUAGGAACCCAACAUUAAACUCUUCAAACUAUGGUCUCUACACCAAAAAGCAGAAAAAGCGUACAAAUUCAGAUUCAUUAAACAGUGAUGAUUUAUGUACUCCAUCAGUCACCAAUACAUACUUCAAAAUGCUCUCAGUGGAUGGUGGAAACUUACAAAGAUGUAAAUCAGAAUCAUCACUAAGAAAACAGGAAGCUGAAGCAGAUACUUCUAAUAAUCAUGAUCUCAACACUGAGGCAUUGGAUCUAAAUAGAUUGCUUUCUAGAGACUCAUCUUCAAACCAAGGAGUAGCUAAACCUGACAUACCACCAAGACCUGAUCAUAUUUCUUUAAAAAACAAGGGAAUACUGAACACUCAAGGGGUAACCAGAGCAAAACCUCAACAAAAGGCUCUGUUGAGGGUGCAAAAAGAAGAUUCAGCAUAUCAUUUGAGAGCCAUCUCUAAACUAAAUGAUAUGGAAAUUAUGAAUGCUUUCCGAGAAAUGUGCAGCAAGGAAUCUAUUAAGUUUGUGUAUGAAUUCAAGUAUGAGCUCGGAGAAGGAGCAAGUGGAAAGGUUAUGUUAGCUAUGCAUAAACGUACAGGAAAAGAGGUAGCAGUAAAAGCAAUAGACAUCACUGACCAAGAGAGAAAAGACCAUUUACUCAUGGAAAUAAAGGUAUUGAGAGAGCUUGAACAUCCAAACCUUGUAAACUAUGAAGAACUGUUCCUGGAGAGAAACUAUCUAAUGCUGGUUAUGGAAUUAGUUUCAGGGGGAGCUCUGACUGAUGUAGUUCUUUACACUAUACUAUCAGAACCUCAAAUUGCUGCAGUUACUAGAGAGGUCGUCAGAGGAAUAGAGUUUCUGCAUAAAAAUGAAAUUAUUCAUAGAGAUAUCAAAUCAGACAACAUCCUUCUGGGAGUGGAUGGACAUGUUAAACUGACAGAUUUUGGAUUUGCGGCAAAUGUUGCAGGGAAUAGGACUAGAAAAACAUUUGCAGGAACUCCAUAUUGGAUGGCUCCAGAAGUUAUUGGAAACCAACAUUAUGGAAAAGGCGUUGAUAUCUGGUCCAUUGGAAUCCUUGCAAUUGAAAUGCAUGAGGGUAAACCUCCUUUUUUUGAUGAGACCCCUACACAGGCCAUGUACUUCAUCAGAACAAGAGGAAGACCAGCGAUGAACCAUAUGAACAUAUCUAAGAACUUCAACUCAUUCCUGGAUAACUGCCUAGCAAAGAAUCCUAGUAACAGAGCUUCAGCAACCACUCUUCUCCAGCAUGCAUUCCUUCAGAAUCCUGCCAAGCUCAGAUCUAUAAUGCCUAAUAUCUAUGCUGCCCGAAAGAAACGAAAUAAGAAGGAAGAAGAGAAGAAUGGAUUGAGAAUGGUUAUGCAAAUUUGAAACAUGUAAUACAGAAGAAAAAACA